UAUUUUGCGGGAAGCAGUAAACAAAAUAGACACAGCACUAUGACAUGAAUUAAUGAUUCCGGAAAAUGAUCCAUAACCAGGAAGAUGAAUUGGAUAAAGCCAACAAAUAUCUGCGUCUGAAAAAUGUCCAGGGCAGAAACUUGUUGGUGGUGAGAGAAGUGUAUCGUCGUGAGACAGUUCCUUGUCAGAGUGCCUUAUGUCUCGCAGGCUGCCAGUCUGACAAUAAUGAAAUUGGAUUACUACCUGCAGAUGUUACCCACUACCUUGUACCAGACUGCCAAGUGGCACGAGAAUAUUUAGAGGUGUUGGAAAUACCACAGCUAACAGGAAUUAUUUUCCUACAGACAGUUGCCCAUAGUGUACAACAUGAAGGUAACAGGCGAUUACACAACCGACUCAAAAACCUGGUCAGGGAUAAAAGGAAGGCAUCUGUCAUAUUUCAUAAUGAGUUCCAGAAGUUUUCAUACUGUGAAAGAUUACGAGGGGAAAACUUGGCCUCCUGGCAGAGCAGGAGUACCUAUAAAGCAGCAGAUUGGUUCUAUAAUCACCUGGCCGGACAAAUACCUGUUGUAAUGGUUACUCAGGACAAACAGGUGAUAGCUGAGUAUGGGAGUCAGCAGGUGAACGUCUUUGUGCUAACACUGCAGGAGUACCUGGAUACCUUCUGGAAAAUAAUUGUGCCCAGUAUAACAGAUCUUGUUGACUCCAUCACAGCUUCUCUUGAGGCCAGAAGUAGGGAGAAAGACUAUGUAGGGUACCUACCAUCUGAUGUUAUUGAGGCUGGAUUGAAGACAGGACAUUACAUUCAAGGUUUUCUCAAUGUUAACAAAAGCAAUGCAUCACAAGAAGCUUUUGUCCAUCGUAGGAGACAGGACAGACAAGAUGACAGUGACUCAGAUAUACUUGUCCAUGGCAUGUCCAAUAGGAACCGUGCUGUCCAUGGUGACUUGGUAGUAGUUGAGCUGCUGCCACGAUCACAGUGGCGUGGCAGGUCAAACGUCAUCAGAGAUGGUGAUACAGAUACCAAAGACACAGGGGAGGAUGACAUUGAAGAGAACACAUCAGUGAUGCCAACAGGAAGGGUUGUGGCAAUAUCACAGCGAGCAUGGAGGGAGUAUGUCGCCACCUUCUCACAGGAUGAGGAGACCGGUCUAAAAGGCGGUAAGGUGCUUGUGAUUCCUUGGAACUAUCGUAUCCCAAAGAUACGCAUCAGCACCCGCCAGGUGGAGGCACUGAAGGAUCAUCGUAUCGUGGUGAGGAUUGACUCCUGGGACUCUGACUCACAGUAUCCCAACGGCCACUUUGUUCGUGCUCUAGGGAAGAUAGGGGAACUAGAGACUGAGGUGGCAGCCAUUCUUAUAGAGAACAACAUACAGAUGUCAACAUUCUCUGAUGCUCAGAUGAAGGAGUUACCUUUGGAUACAGAGGAAGACCCCUGGACUGUUGAGGAGGAGGAAGUACUGAAACGGAGGGAUUUACGCAACACUCAUCUUGUGUUCAGCAUAGAUCCUAAAGGAUGUGAAGAUGUGGAUGACACUCUUUCAGUCAGGACUCUGGAUAAUGGUAAUUUGGAGCUGGGAGUCCAUAUUGCAGAUGUCACACACUUUGUUAAACCAGGCACGCUGACUGACCAGGAGGGCAAAAGUCGGUCAACAACAGUAUACCUUGCUGAUCGCAGAUAUGACAUGUUACCUGGGAUUCUCAGUGCCAAUCUGUGCUCAUUAAUCAGUGGUGUUGACAGAUAUGCAGUUAGUGUAAUAUGGGAGCUGGACUCUUCUUACAAACCUGUCAAUGUCUGGUAUGGAAAAACCAUCAUAUGCUCGUCAUACAAGUUAUUCUAUGAGAUAGCUCAGGCCAUGGCAGAUGGGAUGCCAACAGAUGAUAUAGUUCAGAAUGUACCAGAACUCCAGUGUCUUCCUGAGAGUGAUGUCUGUAAAAAAGUGACAGAGUUACGAGCUGCAGUCUGUCGCUUGAUGGCAGUUGCACGUCACCUCAAGGCCAGGCGAGUGAGAGGUGGAGCACUGGAGCUUGAGAGCACUGAAGUCCAGAUACAGCUGACAGAGACUAAUAGUGUUGAGGACCUUACACCUAAAGAGCAUCUUGAAGUCCAUGAAACAAUAGCUGAAUGCAUGAUUUUUGCAAAUCAUUGGGUGGCAAAGAAAAUUGCAGAGGCCUUUCCAAACUCAGCCUUGUUGCGACAUCACCCCCUACCUCGAGAAGACAAGUUUGAGAACCUACUAACCUGUGCAAGUGCAAAGAACUACAAAGUACACACAGAAUCAAGUAAGGCUCUAGCUGAGUCACUGGACAGGUGUGAUGACCCACAUGAUCCUGUCGUCAACAAGCUGCUAAGGUCACUCGCUACCAUGGCAAUGUCUAAUGCUGCCUAUUUCUCCACUGGGACUUUACCACGAGAUCAGUUUUUCCACUACGGAUUGGCCCUGGAUCUGUAUACACAUUUUACAUCACCAAUCAGGAGAUACGCUGAUAUUUUGGUACAUCGACAAUUGAUGGCAGCUGUCAGCAAGUCCACGGAUGCAAAUGGUCUACCUAGUAACAAGGAGCUAGAGGAAUUAUCGGAACACAUCAACCAUCAACACAGAGCAUCCCAGAAUGCACAGCGAGACUCACAGGAACUAUUUCAGUACCUUUUCUUCAAGGGUCGUGACCCAGAUGAUGAAUGCUGUAUUGUAGAUGCUGUCAUCUUUCAACUGAGAGAAAAUGGCAUAUUUGUUUUGGUACCAAGGUAUGGUAUGAAAGGUCCAGUGUAUUUGAAGAACAAGGAAGGUCAGAUGGCCUAUGUCCAGGCAUUUGGUCAGUUGGAAUGGACAGGAGGCAAUAUCACCAAGAGGGGCCACACUUUGACAGUGAAUACGAUGUUUGGUGCCCAGAGUUACACACUGCUGGAUCACAUCACCGUGAAGAUAACUUUGAACAACUCAUGGGCCCACUCAUCCAGUGUUAGACUGGAGUUGAUAGACAACCGACCUCACCUCUCCUUGUCAUCAGAUAAUGUGGCAAGACAACAGAAGGCAGAAAUAAUAAAGGAAGUUUCUGAUGCAGCAGAAGAGAAGAGGAGCCAUAGGUCAAGUGUUGACCUUGGAGUUAACUUUGAGGAGCUAAAGAAAGAGUAUGGACAGUCAGCUAGUGACCAUAACAUGUAUAACUUAUUCCAGUCUUUCAAGGAAAUGGCUCUAAAGCGUUGAGGAGUAUUUGAUAUAAAUAAUCCCUUACACACAUAUGUUGUGUGGCAGAACCGUCCAUGAAAAUCAUACCACCGUCAUUUCCAGACAAAUUACAAUAAAACUGACAAAUGAACUUUGAAGUACCAAGUAUAUAGCUGUAAAAUGGCCAUGAAAACUGUAAAAGAUUUUCAGUCUAAAAUUAAUUUUGGGGGAGAGGGGGUGGGGAUCAAUAAAUAUAUGAUAAGCUCCCUUCCUAGGAAUUAGAGUAUAUUGAUGUUUCACAAAAUGUCCUUGUAGGCUGACAGUUUAAAGUACAAAGUCUCAAAGUAGAAAAUUUGAAAUUAGCAGAUUUUUUUAACAGACUAAUCAAUGCCAGGUAAAAUUUCAGAGGCAGAUGUCAAUAUUGAUCAUUCUCCAGUCCUUGUAUAUAAUUUCAUUCAGCCAUUUAGGAUGAAAUUAGUUUUGGCAAAAAUUUAAGAUAUACCCCGGUAAUUGUAAAAGUGUAAACUUUAGGUAUAACUGUAUUUUUAUUGCAAGUAUGGAGUUCAUAGAUUUAUAUCCACAGAAUUCAUUAUCAAUAUUAAACAGCGUAAACAUUUUAAAUAGGAGACUGAUACAUUACAUAAAAAUUUCCGAACAACAAAAAUAUCAUAUUGGUGCAGGAAAGUCAUUUUUGAUAGUUUUCUUUUUUUUUUAAAUUGCCUUUUUGUUUGUUUGUGUAUGAAAUCUCCUGAUCAUGUUUUUGUUUACCUAGUGAAGUGCUAAUAUUACUAUUUAUAUAACAUACAAUGUUAGCGUGAUUUUUGGUUCGAAAGGUUCAGAUGUUGGGAAGGAACAUUACUUGUAUGCUAUACUUCAAAGACAUGUAUUCUUCAAACAAAAAUAUAUGCUGUAAAUUCUGUAAUAGUUCUUGUUUCAGAGUGUUCUAUGCAUGAUGAAAGUGAAGCAUGUCUCAAUAUGCCAGUUACAGUUCAGGGCCUUUUUGAAGGAAAAGUUUCGAAAGUCUACAAUAACUUUGAAGUUUACAAGUGAUAUUCCUUAUCUAGUUUCUAAAGCCUGUAGGUACAAUGUAAACCAGAAAAUAAAUACCUGCUGUGUGUUUUACAUAGUUGUAUAUUUUGUAAUUUAUAAGCCACUUAGUUGAGAUUUUUAUGUUUGGAUUCCUGAAUGAUGUAUUUGAUAAUUGUAAGAUAGAGAUCAGUUUUCUUACAAUGGAUAAGUACAGGACUCUUUGUGCAUCUUUUUGUUACAUUGUUGAAAAAUAAUUAUAUUGUCAAUAAAAUGAUGAAAUUAGA